GCAGCAGGAUCAUGUGACACAAAGGUCACUCAGUAGUAAACGCUGUGACCUCAGCCAGUCACCGCUCGACUCGCUACAAUAGCUGUCAAUAAAGCUGUUACAAAGUGACCUUGAGUGGAUUCUCCGCCCUCCUUUCGAGUCUUCUUUAUAAAGAGCGUUGUGCGCUUGCGUGCUGUCCUCCGUUCAAUUCGACCUCUGGUGCCGAGGGGCUUUGACAGACUUCUGAGCCGAUACCCUCCCGAGGAACACUCACUCACAUACAACAUGUAUGCCUGCGCGAAGUUCGUCUCCACACCCUCCCUGAUCCGAGCUGGGUCCAGAGCUCUCUACAGACCAAUUUCUGCAUCAGUGUUGUCUCGGCCAGAGGUCCGAACUGGAGAGGCAAAUGCCACACUCCUCAGUGGAACUCCAAACCCCUUCACACAGUUGGCGCUGAGGGAAUUCCAGACCAGUGCAAUCAGCAGGGACAUUGAUACUGCUGCAAAGUUUAUUGGUGCUGGUGCUGCCACAGUCGGAGUGGCUGGCUCUGGUGCUGGUAUUGGAACCGUUUUCGGCAGCCUCAUUAUUGGUUAUGCCAGAAAUCCAUCACUGAAACAGCAGUUGUUCUCUUAUGCUAUCCUGGGAUUUGCCCUGUCUGAGGCUAUGGGUCUCUUCUGUUUGAUGGUUGCUUUCCUGAUCUUGUUUGCCAUGUGAAUGAAGAAACGGUCAGCGUUUGAGAAAUCGACUGUAAUAAAUAUUUUAUUGUGGCUCCCACGGAAUGUUGUCGUCGUGGAAAUGUACAAUAUUUCCAAAGUCCUUUCAUUAAAAAUAGUAAAACUUUAAAUAUACUACAAAGUUUGUACUGUUUUUGUGACUUCACUUAUCUUGUCCCUAGGAAGUUACAUAAUUCUGUAAAAAUAUACAUAUUUAGGGUUAAUUCCAAGAAGCACUUUUUGAAAUGUCCUGCCACUUGAAAUGCAUUAAAGAGUCCUGAUAGCUAA